AUGGUCUCUGUCUGCCUUUAUUCAGGUAUUUUGAAGAUCAAAGAACCAAAGAUCAAGGAAGUAACUCAGUCGGCUGUUCAGACCACUAUAGAAAAGAUCAACAACAGACUACUGAAAGUGUCCCUUGGCUAUGCAAUGAUGGAUGUCAUGUCCAAGAACAACUUUGGGAAGGGCCCAAAGAUGAUUGCUCAGACAAUCAACAUCAGAGGCAUCAAUGAGUCCUUCCUCAAGGAAUUUGGCUUGCAGGUCCAAUACCAGGGCCUUCACAACAGGGACAUCCAUAAUGCCAUCAUCAUUGGCAUCAAUCCUAGAUAUGUCAAGCUGAGCUCUCUGGAGCCCAUGAAGCCCAGGAACUAUACAAAUGUUGUAGAGUGGUCCUCCAUAGUCCAGAAGAACAAAUCAGCGGACAUGCUCCUGUAUAAUGGCAAUCAUUGCAGGACUUACAUGUGA